AUGACGCUCAUGCCGUCCAACACGACCCUCUCGGCGGCCGUAUUCUCCCCACAAAGCAGCCCACCGCCAUCCACCCACCUUUCUUAUAUCCGGACCAGAUUGCUGGAGGACCCCAGCCUCGAGCCCUUGAAGGAUGCAAUUGUCAACUUACCAGAAACAUGGCAAACCUUAACCGCCUCGAGACAAGACGUUUCCCGCCUUGAGCUCGCGAGCAAAGCCAUCGGAAGCUUUCCGCAAUGGAUCGAGACCGGAGAGUCGGACGUGCUUGAGCAGGACAUGUCAGGCAUCAUCACCUUGCCUCUCCUAACCACGAUCCACAUUGUCCAGUACCUCUCAUUCAUCAGAGGUGCUGGCCUGUCACAUUCGGAUUUCCUGCGAAGCGUCGUCCAACGCGGAGGGGUCCAAGGCUACUGCAUCGGUCUGUUGUCCGCUGUCAUCGCCGCGGCUUCAAGAGACGAACAAGAGUUGGUGCAGCAUGCGGUGGCAGGCCUCCAUCUAUCUCUCGCAAUCGGUGCCUUUGGAGAUUUGGGACAGGCAUCUUCGGCAUCAUCAUCGCCAUCAUCGACGAGGACUCUGCAAAUUUCCCUGCGAAACCACGACGACGUCCAUGAGAUACUGGGCAGAUUCCCAACCGCCAUCCUCUCAACCAUCACGGAACCCAGGACCGUGUGCUUAACCGCCCCUGAAGACGAUAUGGAAGCUCUCAAGGCGCAUGCAGACAAGCAGGGGCUCCGGCCCAGAAUGAUGCACAUCCGAAGCAACCUGCACAAUCCAGAGAACGAAACUCUCGCACGGCAAUGCUACGACCUGUCUAGGACAAUACCCUUUCCAACAUCAGACCUGCUCCAGGUCCCUGUUCGUUCAAACCGGACUGACGAGUCACUGGUGGGAGAAGGCCAGCUGCUGAGCCAGGAGAUCAUCACGACUGUUCUUACUUCGCGAUGCGACUGGUCUCAGGUCAUCCAGAGUCUGGCUCGGGAUCUUGCACAGACGAAAGAAAAGCGUCACAGUCUCGCCCUUUUCGGCAUCGGUGACGCCGUCUCAACGCCGCCCUUCCAACAACUCGGGCUCGAGGUUUCGAAAAUACACGUCUUGUCAACCAUGCACGCCUCCCCGGCCCCCAUCGUCCCUACGAGCAACCUAGACCAGUUCCCAGACGACGCCAUCGCCAUCGUCGGCGCCUCGUGCCGGCUCCCCGGCGCCAACUCUCUAGACGAGCUCUGGGAGGUCAUCUCGCAGGGCCAAACCCGGCUGGAGAAGCUCCGGACCGACCGUUUCGACCUCGGGGGCUCGCACAGGGCGGCCCAGGACCGCGACUGGGUGACGAAGCGGGAGUUCUACGGCAACUUCAUCGACGACGUCCGCGGCUUCGACAACGCCUUCUUCGGCAUCAGCCCCCGCGAGGCGGCGUAUAUGGACCCCCAGCAGCGGAUCCUGCUGGAGACGGCCUUCGAGGCCAUGGACUCGAGCGGCUACCUCCGGCAUCACCGGCGCGAGCGGGGGGACCCCGUCGGGUGCUUCAUCGGCGCCAGCUACACCGAGUAUCUCGAGAACACGAGCGCAUACACGCCCUCGGCCUUCACCGCCACCGGCACCAUCCGCGCCUUCUUGUCCGGCAAGAUCAGCUACCACUUCGGCUGGACGGGGCCCUCCGAGGUCAUCGAUACGGCGUGCUCGGCCUCGCUCGUCGCCGUCCACCGGGCCUGUCGCGCCAUCGCAGCCGGCGAGUGUCCCGUUGCCCUGGCGGGCGGCGUCAACAUCAUCACCGGCGUGAACAACUACUUCGACCUCGCCAAGGCCGGCUUCCUCAGCAAGACGGGCCAGUGCAAGCCGUUUGACGACUCGGCCGACGGCUACUGCCGCGCAGACGGCGUCGGACUGGUGGUUCUGAAGUCUCUCCGCCAGGCGGUCUCCGAUGGCGAUCACAUCAUGGGCGUGAUCCCCUCCGUGGCCACGAACCAAGGCGGCAUCGGGGCGCCCGGCAUCACCGUCCCCGACGGCAUCUGCCAGAAGGCGCUCUACAGCACUCUUCUCCGCAAGUCGGGAAUCAAAGCGGACCAGGUCUCCUACGUCGAGGCCCACGGGACGGGCACGCAGGUCGGGGACCCCAUUGAGAUCAGCAGCAUCCGCCAAGUCUUUGGGGGCAGUCAGCGGACGAAACCGUUAUACAUAGGCUCCCUCAAGGCCAAUAUCGGCCACAGCGAGACCGCCGCGGGCGUGGCCAGCCUCCUCAAGGUCCUCGCGAUGCUCCGUCACCGGGCCAUCCCGCCUCUGCAAGGCUUCAAGCGUCUCAACCACAAGAUCCCGCCCCUGGAAGAGGACAGGAUACGCGUCCCUACCGGCUUGGUUCCGUGGAACGCCGUCUCUCGGGUUGCGUGCAUCAACAGCUAUGGUGCUUCCGGUAGCAACUCUGCACUUCUCUGCUCCGAGUGGUAUGAGGAACACCAUCAGGGGCCUGCAGACAUCGUCGGUCCGGUAACCCGAGAGUAUCCCAUUCUCCUGAGUGCAACGUCAGCUGAGAGCUUGCAGAGAUAUGCCAAAGCUUUAGCUGCCCAUCUUGCUAAAGACAUCAAGGGAGUGACACUCGGUGACUUGUCGUUCACCCUGAGCGAGCGACGCAAACAUCACAGCGUCCGCUGGUCAACGACAUCGACCGACCUCACCGCACUCAUACGCCAGCUGCAAACAUGCGGGCCACAAGACUUUUCCAUUGUACCUCGCAUCCCAAAGAAGUCCGUCCUCGUCUUCUCCGGCCAGAGCAAAACGACCAUAGGCGUUGACCCCUCCGUGCGCCAGCAGAAUCCCCGCCUCGAACACUACAUCCGGACCUGCAACGAGAUACUCAGAGGCUUCGGCUGCCCCGACAUACUGCCUUUCCUCGGCCGGACGGAGCCCAUUUCGGACCCCACGGUCCUGCAAUGCGGCACCGUUGCCGUACAAUAUGCCUGCGCGCGGUGCUGGAUCGACGGCGGGCUCGAAGUCGCCGGCGUCGUCGGCCACAGCCUGGGAGAGCUCACGGCACUGGCCGUCUCGGGCGUGCUGUCUCUGGAAGACACGUUGAAGGUUGUCUUCACACGGGCCGAGCUGAUCAAGGCCCAUUGGGGAGCUGAGCGAGGGACGAUGAUGGCGAUCCACGCGGAUCAGGAGACUGUGCAGUCCAUCAUGGACGCGGUCGAAGCAACAGUCGACUCCCCAGACGAAGCAUUGGAGAUUGCCUGCUACAACAGCGCCACCAGCCACGUCGUCGUGGGUAAAGAGAGUUCCGUUGUCUCUGCCGAGAAGAUUCUCCAACAAGACGCUCGGUAUCACGGCAUACGAUUCCAACGGCUGAAUGUGAGCCACGGCUUCCACUCCCGCUUCACGCAGCCUCUUCUGGAUGGUCUUUCGCAGCUAGAGAGCACUCUCGUGUUCAACGAUCCUGCCAUCCCUCUGGAGACAAGCACCCGGGACUCAGUUCCCUUUACCCCCAAGCCCACGGCCCAGUAUCUCGCCAACCACGCCCGAGACCCCGUGUUCUUCUACGAUGCGGUCCGUCGGUUAGAGCAGAGGCUUGGUGACUGCGUCUGGCUGGAAGCGGGAUGGGCAACUCCCAUCAUCGCCAUGACCAAGAGGGCCACUUCUCGUCUCGAUUCGCAUACCUUCCAGUCGGUCCCAUCCAUAGCCACUGCCGCCUCAGAUCUUUGGCUUCAGGGCAUUGCCGCCACGCACUGGAGUUUCCUGACACCCAAGGAGAGCGGCUUGAAGCACAUCCAUCUGCCUCCCUACAGCUUCGACCACCCAGAGUACUGGAUAUCUCAUGUGGAUCGCGCCAUGGAAGAGCGUAAAGCUGUAAGAGAUCUAAAGGACGACUCCAUCAGCCAACAUGGUAGCCAACAAGUGCAACAACUCGUCAGUCACAUCAGCACCGAUGGUACCUCGUACCAGUUCCGUAUCAACACAAACACAGAACGCUACACCAGGAUUGUCCAAGGCCACGCUGUCCGGCAGAAUCCGCUGUGUCCAGCGUCCAUGUACAUGGAAGCCGCAAUCAUGGGCAUCGAGCAGCUUGGAGCUUCUGCCAGAGGCAAGACAAUCAUCUUUGAGGAUGUCGUGUUCGACCGGCCCCUCGGGUGCGGCCCCGAUCUUGACGUUCACCUCAGUAUCGACGGACCCCCCAACGCCGACGACGGCUCAUGGAGGUAUACCGUUCGGUCGUCCCUAGGACAGGCUCAUUCUAAGGGAUCGUUCCAUGCGACGAACUCUGAGAACCCCGAUUUCCAGGUGUACGGGAUGCUGUUGUUGGACAAGAUGAAUUCGCUGAGAGAUGAUCCCGAAGCCGAGAGGCUCAAGACAGCCACUGCAUAUUCAAUCUUCUCCGCAGUAGUCGAGUACGCGAGCCUGCUGCAGGGCAUCUCGAGGAUAACGCUAUCGUCCAGGCAGUCUUUGGCGGAGAUCAUCGUUCCGAAAACGGCCUUUGAAGCAUCCGAGAGCACAGUCACCAAGUUCUACGACGCAAUCACCCUCGACACAUACAUCCAGGUCCUCGGCCUGCUUGUCAAUAGCAAUGCCGGCUCGAGCUCGGAGGACGAGAUCUACGUCGCCUCCAGCAUCGGCAAGAUGGUCGUCUCUCCUACGGAUUUCGAAAAGCCGCAGACCUGGACCGUGUACGCCACGUACUCGGCCGUCGACCACAAGACCUCCACCGGCGCCGUGUUCGUCUUCUCCGAGGACAAGAAGCUGCGAGCCUUUGCCACGGGAGUUUCUUUUGUCAAAAUACAGGCCGCCAGGCUGGAGCGUGUCUUGAAGGCGGCAAACUCGGGGGCCGCUGUCCCAGCCCCAGUGGAAGCCGCUCCCAUUAACCACAGCAUAGCUCGCCCGGGACUGGAUUCCGGUCAGCCCAACCACCAUCAAGCCGUGGUUCGGAAUGCCGACGAAGUUUCCAGCAGCAGCACUGAUUUGACCGCCGUAAACUCCAGGAGAGGCAGUGACACUUCCCGCAAGACCACGGAACUCAAAUCCAUCCUCUCUGCUUACACCGGUGUUCCCGCCGCAGAGCUCAAGGAUGACCAGAACCUGGGCGACAUCGGUCUGGACUCGUUGGGCUCGAUGGAGUUGGCGGACGAGAUCGAGUCAAAGCUGGGUCUGAGUGUUCAGGCAGACGACUUGUUGCUCUGCAGCGUCGGGUCGCUUCUGAAGUUAUUGCAUCCCUCGGAUGGGGCAGCAGCUGUCGAAGACCAGGCCGACAGCACAAAUACCACGAGUGACUUUGCUGCAGACGAAAUCACCAUGACACCGUCGUCCCUCGGGCUUCAGACAGCCUCUGGACUCCCAGCUAGCCAGAGCGGCUCUUGGACAAGGCCGUCGAGCCCUCUGGACUCCAGAUUCCGCUUGGAGACGGCAGUCUACAAGGCAGUUGACGGACUCGACAUCCUGGCCGACCUGUAUAUCCCAGCGGAGGUUCCCCCUCAACCGAUGAUCGCUGCCCUGCUGAUCCAUGGCGGUGGGCACCUCACGCUGUCCCGAAAGGCCGUCCGGACCGCGCAGAUCAGGUUUCUCCUUGCCAACGGGAUCCUCCCCGUGAGUGUGGACUACCGGCUCUGCCCUCAGGUCAACGUCAUUGACGGCCCUAUGACCGACGUUCGCGACGCCUGUAGUUGGCUGCAAAGUGACCUGCCCCGGGUCAUGGCGGCAAAAGGAUUCAGUAUCGACACUUCGAGAUAUGUGGUCGUCGGCUGGUCUACCGGAGGCACGCUCGCCAUGACCACGGCGUGGAGUCUAACGCAAGCCCGUAUCCGUCCUCCAUCGGCUAUACUCGCCUUUUACUGUCCGGUUGAGUACAAUCCUCAAGCGCCGACAAUAAUGGGUCACGAAGUCGAAAAGCGGACAAUGUCCCUGACCGAAAUUCGCAAACUCCUCUCCACUGAACCAACUGCCAACCACGCACCCAAUAGUCUCGACACGACCAAGCUCGGCUGGGUCAGGCGCGGAGACCCGCGGUCGGAGCUCGUACGCGCCCUGGUCAAAGAGGAUAGAGGCAUGUCGAUCCUCUUCAACGGACUGCCUCCGGACGGCGAGGAGCUCCCUUACCCGGACGCCGAUCGCGCCGAGGCCUUCAGCCCGCUCUGCCAGGUGCGCAAGGGGAACUACCGCGUCCCGACAUACCUGAUCAUCGGGGACCAAGAUGACAUCGCGUCGUUCAAGAAGGGGCAGGAGUUCGCACGGGCGUUGGAGGAGCACGGCGUGAGGAGCGGAUUCCUGCCCGUGGAGGGGGCGAAGCACAUCUUCGACCUCGGCCUCGUCCCCGGGAGUGAGGGAUGGAACGCUGGAGUUGGUCCCGGCUACGAGUUCCUGCUGAAGGAGCUCGAGAGCAACCAGCGUGGCUUUGCCUGA